AUGAGAAGAAAGGAGGAGGCUGAGCUAAAAAGCAUUCAAGAAAUGAAACUUAUAAAAGAGUUUGACCCUGACUGCCUGCCAAUUUUCGCAGCAAAAAACUUAAACAAUCAUCCGGCUGUAUCCUUUGAUCACGUCGAUGUGACAACUUUUCUUAAAGAAUUGACGUUACUUAAGAGUGACGUAGCCUGUUUUAAGGCUAAACAACCUGUAAUAAGCAAUGAAGUUAAAUUAUCAGAAGAUAUUGAUUUAAUACGGAAGGAGAUUGAUAAUGUCAAAAAAAUUACGUUGGAAUUUCGAGAAGUUAACCAUGGCAGUAGUAAACGACAAGACAAUCUGUUUCUUGGGUCUUAUCAUAAUGAUAAUGUUGCGCGCCUAAGUUGA